GUUUGCCUAUUUACUGCAAUUGCCAGGCACCCCCCGCAAUCUCCAGGGCCCAGACCUAUUUUAGCCCUUGCGCCAAGACUUUCCUCCCACGCAAAAAUAUUCCGGCUCUCCCGUCAAUAGUCAAUCCGAGGCUUCUUCAACACUACGAACAACCAACCCUCAAAACCUCCAGCAAUCCCCGAGAAAUCCGCCAAAAUGCCUGGAGGUGUCAGCGUUCGUGAUGUCGAUGCCCGGAAGUUCGUGGCUACCUAUGCCGCUUUCUUGAAGCGCCAGGGCAAGCUCCCCGUCCCCGGUUGGGUUGACACGGUCAAGACCGGCCCCGCCAAGGAGAUGCCUCCCCAGGACAUUGACUGGUUCUACGUCCGCGCCGCGUCGGUUGCCCGCCAUGUCUACCUGAGGAAGACCGUCGGUGUUGGCCGCCUCCGCAAGGUUCACGGCUCCGCCAAGAACCGCGGCUCGCGCCCUUCCAACCACGUCGAUGCCAGCGGCAGCGUUGAUCGCAAGAUCAUGCAGGCUCUCGAGAAGAUUCAGGUCCUCGAGAAGGAUGAGGAGAAGGGCGGACGCCGCAUCACCCAGCAGGGACAGCGUGAUCUUGACCGGAUUGCGCAGACUGUCGCUGAGGCCGACGAGGAGGAGGAGGAGGACGACGACGAGUAAACAGGUCUUUACGAAAACCUUUUAGAUUCUCCAGGGCAUGCUGCCACGCUGGGGGGCUCCUCAGCAGUGUCGGAAGCAAUGGCGUCGUGACCCUGGCAAUGGUCCUGGAUUCCCGGUAGCAUCAGGUUUAGGCGUCAUAAAAUGGGAUUGCUGGCUUCAUCAUGCCUGAAUGUGCCUCAUCCUCUGAGCUCUGCAGUUGCGUUUCAGGAAUUUAUCGUGUGUCUGUGUCCGAGUACCUACCAAGAGCUUGACAUGAUGAGUUGUAAUGACACGAGUGCUUGCUUUGCGUGGAC